UUUACUUGUUUUGCACAAAUUCACACACACACACACACACACACACACACACACACACACACACACACAAACAUGUAUCAAGACAAUUACCUCUCACUGUUCUGAAUAGUCAUGGGUUAAACAUGUAGCUGCAUAGACAAUGGAUCUACGGAUAACCUGGUUAAUACUCUUCUUCAUUCCGUCUGUGCAAGUGAAUUGCAGCCCUCAUCUGUCAAAACAAGAUUUGGUGCUGCUGACUGCUAAGCCAUACCCAGUGUGUUUCACUAGAACUUUUUCUGACUUCACCUGCUUCUGGAAGGCACCUGUAGGACAAUCCUUUGAUUUCCUUUAUCAGACAGAUGACGAUGCAGAGAGAAGAUGUAAUAUAAGUCAACAGGAGACUGCCGAAAGAACAAUCGUCCAUGUCUGCUUCUUCCCACCCAGUGACGUCUUUAUAUUUUCCUCCACACACAUCAAAGUGGUGGAAAAAGAAAACAACACAAUUGUCUACAGCAAGAGCACUGAUGUAGAGAACAACUGCCUGUUAAAUCCUCCAUCACAUGUGUCUCUUCACCAUACUGGAAAGCCUGGGGAAAUUCUGGUUAAGUGGCUGGCACCAGCACAAGAAGAAUUUACAAAUCAUAUGCAGUAUGAGCUACGUUACACAUCUAAAACGUUGCAGGAUACGGUUAAACAUAAAAAAGGUUCCAAGUGUGAGCAUAUGUUGAUCUCCCUGGUCCCAGGACAGCUAUGCACAGUGCAGAUAAGGGUUAAGAUAAGUUUUGAUGAUACUGGAGGCCACUGGAGUGACUGGUCACAUCCAGUUUCAGUCAUGGUACCUCAGACAGCAGGUGACAUUGAGUUAAAGUGCCACACUUCCGACCUACACCAAGUCCGUUGUCAGUGGAACGAGGAGCGAUAUGGUCAUGCAAACUUACAUUACCAACAAACCGACAGAAAUAUUUGGGGGAAUUGGAAGACCUGUGGGAAGAGUAAUGCCUCGGCGAGUCAGUGUGUUCUCUAUGGAGAUGAAUGCACUGUGUUUCAAGUUUACCUUAAUGCUACAUUCGGGCACUUUACCCGUACCUUUUACAUGGAAAAGUUCAGGAUGAACAAUAGCAUCAAAACAGAGCCUCCAGGAGGGCUGAAAGGGGAGAUCAUUGGAGAAAGGCUUUGUCUAAGAUGGCUCUCUCCUCUUCCACAAAUAUCUGAGCAUUUAAUAUAUCAGAUUCGCUACCAGCUACAAGGAGAGAGCGAGUGGAAGCUUUUUACACUGCAAAAUCCCAGUACCAGUAUCUGUCUGGAUGUGCAAGCCAGUGGCCAGUACACCAUGCAAAUAAAAGCUAUCCCCAAUGGAUUAUUGUACGGCGGGCACUGGAGUGAUUGGUCAAAACCUCUCACAAAACAACUUACUUCAGAAACAUGGUUGCUGUUUUUUGUGUGUGUACCUUUUGGCUUACUCAUUUCUGCUCUAUUGUUCUUCUCCUUCUCCAGUAAGCUCAAGCAGCUUCUGUGGCCACCAGUCCCAAAUCUGAACAAUGUCCUGGAAAAUUUCCUGAAAGAUAUCGAUGGACAACACUGGGAGCCCAACAUCAAGCUGUAUGAUGAUGACGUCCCUUCUGUGGUGGAGAUCAUGUCCGAAAAGGAGGCUCAAGUCACGAAGAAAAGUUCCUGGACACCGAACUGCCCAUAUUUCCCACAAUACCAGUUGGCUGUGGAUAAAAAUGAGGAGCAGGGCCUGGAGAUGAACCGAGAGUAUGUCAUCUUGAAGUCGAGUCCUGUCCACGAUAUCUCAAGCCUGAACGGGAAUGAUUAUGUUUAUGGACUGAAUACGUCAUUGGAUCAGCUUGAGGAAAAAGUCUGCUGUUAUUCUCCUCUUUGUUCAGACAUUUUUUCAAUCUCCACCACCAACAUCCUUAACCAUUCCUAUUUACAAGCUGAGAUUGCGAGCCUCCACACCAUAACUGGCCAUUACACCAAUCUGGAAACGGUAGCAUCAGCUAAGGAAGAGUGAAAAGGAAAGGGCAGAUUCAUCUCCCAGUAGACAUAGUGCAGGGAAAUCUUUUAGGGUUUAACCUGCAUGCAGUAGGAAGACCCCGUCAGGUUUAAAAGCAUUGAAAGAGAGGUCAAAACUGAGCAUCUCUGAGAGUAGUGCAAAUAUACUUUCUUACUACUUAUACGAAAACUAGAGGCCGUACAGUAUGGAAAGUCUCUGAAGACAUUAUUCUGAAAGCUCAAGGCUCAUUUAGAGAGAAACACUUGCACAACUUAAUUACUAAACGGUUUGUAUAGUUUCUGUUGAAGUACCUGUGGUAAAAACCCACUUAUUUCCUUGCAGCCAUCACUUUGAUAUUUUCUAAGACAGAUGAAAAGCUAAAACUGUCGUUGACACUGAGAUCAGCAUAUUCUUAAUUUAGAUGAAACAUAAAAAAAUAUACCUGGAAGUUAAAAACUGCCAGACUUUUAAGCAUUUAAGCGAACUUUUAUCACAUAUUUCAGCUGUAAAAUUUUUAUUAGAGAUGAGAUAAGAGUUCACCUUGUUGUAAACUAUUACAUUUAUGCAGUGUGCAAUCACUAAAAUGUGCUUCAAAUCCAGAUUAUAAAAUAGCUUUUAUAUUAUUAACAGCAUGUGUUAAAGUAUAGCAAAAUAUCUUGCAGAUUUAGCAAUCUUUUGUAUUUUAAUUUAGAUUAAUAUCUGCAUUAUUUUCCUCAAACUAUUUUUUUUAAAUGUAUGACUGAAUGGGCUGGGCUAACCAUCAAAUACUGUUAUACCUUUUUGGAGCACAUGUGCGAAACUUUAAAGGACAUCUUUUUAAGUCGCACCAUUUGUAGCAUAUUCACAAUAGUGUAUUUUUGCUGUACAAAUUUAUACUAAAAUUGUACCCCACACACAAGAUGCACCAAUAAAUGACCUGAAGCUGUUAUAAUAAUAAUAUCAGUCAUCUAAUCGUGAUCUAUUUGUCAUUAGAAAGAGGAUUUACGGUUAUUUACUCAAGCUUUGGUUUGACCACUUGAACAGAAA